AUGAAGACACUCAUAUUAGCAGUUAUCGGCCCCAAAGGUUGUGGUAAGACAUCCUUCAUCCGAUCCCUUUUCGAAAAUGCAGGCGACUAUGUAGUCGCCCAAGACGACGACAUCAGCAUACACACAGCCAACCUCGAUGAAGAGAACCUCCAGAUCCAUCUCAUUGACACACCCGGCCUCUCCCCCGACAAGCGACACCUCCCAGACACCGAGACAAUCAACUAUAUCAAGAGCUGGCUCGACUCCAUGGACGGACAAAUAGACGGCGUCAUCUACCUCCAGCGUGUGAUGGAUCUAAGCAAUGCUAACUACGCAGUUCGUAACCUGGACGCCCUCUUUAAUGUCUUCAGGUCCCGCCGAUUUCGACACGCCGUUGUUGCUGCCACGAACUGGGACCGCGUCACUAGCGAGACUGACAGUUCGGUGCUCGAGGGGUACUUCUUUGACCAUCUGGAACGCGUGUGUCUGGUCAGUUCGCUGGGGAUACGGCUUCAGAGGGCGCGGUUGAGCGACUCCACGGACGCGAGCUGGGAUCUUUUGGAAGGUAUUCCAUAUGUUGAGACUCCGGAGCUGUCUCCGCCGCCUUCACCACCGCCACCUACACCGGCUUCACCGUCGUCUUCCGACGUCUCUUGGGUUCCUGAUGGUCAAGGUCGCGAGGGUGCCCCAUCUGUUAAAACCAAACACAUCUCAAUAGACUACUUCCUAGGGAUGCUGUUCGAGCCCGCGUUAGAUGACGAGGAAAUUGGCGCAGAUGGUAGGGUUGAGGAUAAGUCGCCUUGUAGUAAUGAGCACGCGGAGGCAGCUUCUAUGUAG